CUCUAAGCUAUACAUAGGUGGGUUUUAUUUUUCCGAAGAGAAAGGAUCAUGGGGCCGCCUUCAGAAAAAGUCGACAAGGAUGUUUCCUGGCCAGACGAUUCGCAUCCUGCGGCCGCUGUACUUCCUGUGUUACCGCAUCAGCCUAGGGCUACACCACCAGUGCAGAAGGAUGUCCAAGUGGCAGGGUUCAGGGGGCUGGCACCAGGACAGCAGCUCCCACAGCUCAGAGCAUCCCAGGCGCGUGCUCCUCCACAAAUAAAAGGCCAGCCACAGGACGUCCUUGUGGAGCAUCCACGUGACGUCCCCCCAAAGCAUCCUACUGAUGGCCAGGAGGUAUUUGAGGGACGUCUCCUCCAAAAAUUGUACAUCCAGAAGAACAUUCCAUGUGGUGUCUCUGAGCCGCCACCAACACAGCAUUUAGGCAUUUUUCUUGCAACAUCAGGAUGUCAUUGA